CUCUGGUGCGUGGGAACAAGAAGGUUGCAGAGCUGGCAGCAGAACUUAAACGCCGCGGAGCUCCGACCCGUCCAGACUUGCAGUAUUGCUGAGAAUUUAUAAUGACGAAUCAUGGGGGGGGGGGGGAAGAAGUGGCAGACAACAUGGAAGAGAAACAUUUCCUCUUCAAGCAAACGAAAUAUCCACGACUGAGCGGAGAUGAUUUCGAUGCUUAUCGAGAAGUGUGUAUGCCUAGUUCUCGUGAGUCUUAUUGGAGUAAGGAAAGUGAGUGGAAGGAGAUCAAAGCGAUUCUGUGCGUGGAGUAUCUACGUGUCAACAAGGGGCUUACACUCCCACAGAAAUGGGAGCGCUGUCGUUCGCGCUUUGAUGAAUUGAUAUCACGAGGCGACGAUCCAAGUCUAAAGGCGCUUUCCGUUUACUUGGGUAAAGAUACUUUGGUGGAGGUUGACACUAAAUAACCCAUAAAGCUUCUGCGUAAGAAUCUUAAAGUUGGGAUUCUAGUAACUACAGAGCUAUGUGUUGAUAAAUGCGCUAGAGAGUUUAUAACGAAUUGAGUG